ACGUUUAAGAAAUUUUAAUCCAUUAUUAAUUUUUUUCACAAUUAUACAAAUUAUUACUGUCAAUGCAGAUUAUGAAUGUCGAGAUGUCGCUAGUCGAUACAUCAAAUUAAAAAAAGAUCAUCAAUAUUAUUUUGAAGAUUGUAUGUUUGUUGAUUUACAAUUUGGAGAACAUAAGGUAUCACGUAAUAUAAAAAUUACCAUUGUAUCUAUUGCCGGUAAAGUACUGGAAACUUUGGAUCUUUACGAAACAAAUGGAUUACUUGCCGAUUUUUCAACGCCUGUUUAUCUCAGUCAAGUAGAUUCGCUUAAAAGUGUUAGAAGGCUUGUUAAAGUUGAUAAUUAUACUUUUAACAAAACAACCAUUGAUGAGUAUGCUCGAGAUCUUGGUUAUUUUACCUUUUACCAAGAUAGAAGUAAAUUAGCUUCUAUGAUUCAUUUUUUCAAAGAUUCAUUAGAUAUCAGUGUGGAAGGAAACGUUGGGAAUUAUGUACUUAGAAGAUUACCCAGUAACUUUCAUAAUGGGUACUAUCAGUACAUUUAUGUACAAGUAUUAGAAAAUAAUCAAGCCACCGAAGUAUGGAACGAUUUUGACGUUUCUCCACAACCAUCAUUCAAUUUAGGUGCUUCUGGUGUUAAGGCGAUUAAGGCACGAUUAUUUGUUGCACUGGACCUAGAACAUACUUUUGAUAAGACACCAAGUGAGUUGAUGAAAAUUCUUCUUAUGUAUUUCAAUUUUAUUGGUAUGAUGAACGGCAACUUUACAUCACCAACAGUAGACCUUGAAAUCGGAGCAAUUAUUAUUCCACAGAAUACAAAACCAAACCCAUACUUAGGAAGUACCAGUCCCUUUUCAAGUAAGCUACACUUUCAGCAAACGAGUGAAUUAAUAGGAUUUAUGUAUACUCACAAAUAUUACUUUGGUGUUGAUAAUCAUGAUAUUGUAAUUCUUAUGACAGAACGUUUGAUGUACGGAUCCUCAGAAGUUCCUCCAAAAUUAGUAAAAAUGGAUAGCUUGAAUAAACAUAAAAUUUGUGACGUUAAUGAGGAUCCAUCAAUUUUUUUAUCGUACCAUGUUGAUUUUCAAGCUGCUCAUAACAUCUUAUUAUUUCAAUUAUUUGAUUUGUUCAGCUCAAAUAAUGCCGAACUAAAUAAGAGAAAUGGUUGCUCCAAAUACUGGAACAAUAUUCAAGGGAAAAGAUCCAAACAAUACCGAACAUUGCCUACGUGUAUUAUCGACUCAUAUUCAGAUUAUUUCCGGAACUCUAACUGCUCAUAUUUCAGUGAACAUAAGAAGUAAUAACAUACAUCGUCUGUAUAGAAUGUAUGUCAUAAGAUGCUACGCUUAGGGACCCGACGACUUCCGAUGGAAGAAUAUCGACUUCAAUGGAGCUGUCGAAUGCAAAUCGUUACUAAAAUUUAAGGAAACAUUUUUCAAUAAAUUAAUUCAACAUUAAUUUGGUUGUUAAAAAAACUGAUUUCUUUUUAUUAACCCUUCGUCACUCGCUCAAUGAGCGCGGCGCCGCCUUUUUUACAAUUAUGCAAUUUUCUCAUAAUUACGGUGACGGAUGAGGUCGAAAAAAUUAGAAUGCUUGAAUUAGACAUUCUAAAAGAAUUUCUAGCACUAGCCGCUUCUAAGAAAUAAAUUAUUUUGUUAAAAAAAAAUAUUUUCAUGCGAAAAAAAUUGAAAAGCGGCGCGACGCCGCCCAGUGCGAGUUAGUAACCGGUAAAUGUCCGCCGCGCGCUGCUGCCAACUUGUGUGUGGUAAUAUUCUCUUGUACGAUAUAGAUAUAUAAAUAUUUAGGUUGGACAUUUAGGUAUUCUCUCUUAAUAGAGAUACAUUUUUUAUUAAUAAUUAAGAAUAAUUCUACGCGUAAUAAGUAUUUUGUCACAAACAAAAAUAUGUUAUUUAAAUAUUAAUUAUUAUAUUUACAAAUAUAUAUUUAUAUUAUAUGUAAUGUGUGUAUAAUAUUCAAGAAGAAUUUCGAGGUUAUAACCACAACAGAUUUAGCAAUCUGAAAAAUGUGGCAACAGCGCGCUUGAUUUAACACGGCGGCGCAGCGCUCACCGCGCGAGUGACGAAGGAUGAAAAAGUGAUGCGGGUGAC